CUGGCCGUGCUGGUGCUGGUCGUGCUGGGGCCUCGCUCAGCGGACGUGUGGGCGCGGCCUGCGUGGUUCAGCGGGCGCGCGUCUUAUUCUUAGCACGGCCAGGUUUAGCAAGCAAAGGACGGUCCUCUGCCGCUUCAGUCGUGGACUUUAUUGUUCUAUCGCUUCUUUUUGCUCCUCGUCCACUCCGCCAUCCUGUCCCUGUCCUGUCAUCUGCCCCGUCUAGAGAGGUUCCAGGUCGGUGCCAUACGAGCCAGCUGAGCCAGCUGAUCGUGUUGAUCAAGGCCAACGCCAACCGCAGCCCGCGCAUCCGUCCCGACGACGCAGAGCUGCACCUCUCGCGCAACCACCACCGACGCCGGGCUUAGGGAGCAGGUGGUGUUCUUUUGCUGCCUUCUUCACCUCGCCGGCGACCGACCGUCCAACACAGCCCGUCCAAUUACCGCGCUCGCCACCGCGUCUUCCUCUCUCCUGUCCCCUUCGCCGCCUCCGGAGCCCCCUCCACGCCUCCCUCCUAUUGCUCGACCGCAAGCCCAAGGCUGCCGCCACCAACAAGGUCUAUAAUUCUGUAUCUUUCACCGCCCUCAUGAAAGCCAAGAUCUUUGGAAGCUCAAAGUCGAAGCCGUCCGCCGCCGACCCUUCGAGCGCGUAUCACUCUUCUCUCGCAGGACAACAACAACAACGAGCCUCGUCGCCGGCCUACCCUCAGCAAGGUGCUCAAGCCUUCGCUGCAUCGACCAGCCAGAACACGUUAGAGCGGUCGCCCAGUCUCCGCCAGUCCUCCAGUGCAUUUGCAUCGCAGCGACCGCCCCCAGCAUUCGACGGCGGCGCCAGUCCACAGACCAUUGCUGAGCAGCGCAUUAUCGAAAACAGAGGCUCGGUCUACUUCAACCAAGCCGGCCCUCCACCCCAAGGCCAUCAGCAGCUGCAACCCGUUGUGCAAGAGAAGGAGCACAAGCGUGGCAUUCGGGACAAGCUAGGCUUUGGGCACUCGAGCAAACCCAGCCAGGACGUACCCAAGCAGAGCAACAAUAGCGGCGGUGCUGGAGCAUUGGGGCGCUCUCUGUCCGUCAGCAAGAAGCGAGAGAGUCUGCCUGAGAAGUACUACAACCAGCCUGAUCCCCGUUCUCCAUACCGUCGCUCCGCCAAUUCGAGCCAAAAUCUGCUCAACACUCAUACCGAAGAGGACGAGGAGACCCAACGCAACGUCUUCGGCCAGCAGCAGCACUACUCAGGAGUUCCACCACCUCCUCCGGCCAAGGAGAGUGACUACGAGCCACGUUACUCGCAGCAACCCGCACCUCCGUCGGCAUACUACCAAGACCCUCGUUCCAUUGGCCGUGUGCAGACAGAUCCAUCACUGCAGCAGACGCACAUCGGCAACGUCGAGCUUCGCAAUCCGAUCGGGCAGGGUUACCAGUAUAAAGACGAGAGUGCGCAGAGCGCCCAGGAUCAAUAUCACGUAUAUCAGCAAGCAGGACAUCCAGACGACGAGGCCACGCCAGGAACGCCCUACCAAGCAUCGUCUGACGACGUUGCGCGAUAUUCGUAUUCGCAACAACAACCACCAGCAUAUUCUACCCAGCAACAGCACGGCCGUGUACCUUCAGGCCAAUCCAACCAACCUGAGCUAUACUACCCUCAACCGUCCACCGGACGCGACUCGGAGAAGUACAGACCUCCCUCUCAACUAGGUCAGUUCGCCGGCCCUCAACAAGAACCUCCUUCAUACGACAAGUCGACAAAUUCUCUCUACCUCCAGGCACCCCACCGCGGCACUUCUAUCGAUCAGCCACCCUCGCCACUUGCCCCCUCAACCACAGCUACGCAGCCAGGACACGAGAGUGUGCCCCCUCCACCAUCUCCACAGCCCCCGUCAACUGCCGACUCAGCUCAGUCGUCACUGGAUUCGAUGCCGAACCAAUCUACGCGGAGCGGAAAUACAAUGCGCGCUGAAAAGGCUGCGGCUGUGGCCGCAGCCGCAGCAUCCGCCGGUUCUAGGGAGAGCUCCGGUCAGUUCCCGCCCCCAGUUCCGUCGCACAGGCAGGGUGUCGCAGCGUUCGGAGCUAAUGUCGUCCCCUCAGGUUCCCAGGGAGCGCCGUUCAGAGGUCAGCAGGGACCCGUAGCCGCAGCCGCAGCUGCUGGGCAACAGAAGGGUAGAGAUAGUCCGGCGCCAGAGCAGCAGCAGAUGGCACCUGUAGAGCUUGCAGACGAAGAGGCUUCAAGUCUUUUACAGUUGCAAAAAGAGCACAAGGAGCUACGCGAGAAGUACCAAAAAGUCAAGAAGUACUACUUCGAGAAGGAGGCACAGGUGCACUCGCUUCAAAACACGCUGGCGCAUCAGCGCUUAGCUGCGUCGCGAACCUCCCUUGACGACUCCGAAUACGCUGCGCGCUUCUCCCGCCUAGAUGGCCUCAUCACACAACUAUCAUUCAGCAUUCGCAAGUCAUGGAAGACCAUACCGGAGUUCUUGCAGCGUACCGUGAACAAGGACGCCUUGACGACAGGAAAGCAGGAGAUGACGGCCGUAGGCAAGGCUUACAUGUCACACUGGCUGGUCAGCAACUUGUUUGACAUGUACUUCCAUCCGAGCCUCGAACUUGGCCUCAGCAAAGACCUAAAGGAGAUUUGGAAUAACGUUCGGAAAUACUGCCCGCCCUUCCAGUCCGGCGAGGAGGAAGAGGCGCUCAAUUCCAAGCUCGUUAACUGGCGCAUGACCACGAUAGACGGAUUGCAAGAGCGUCUGCGAGCGCCUGAGGCAGCAACACAUCGCUCACGUCUUGUUGAAAUGCUCAAUGAAAAGAUGGUCGGUGACAUGUCAUUGCUGCUCGCAGAUCCGGCGCCUCCAGAUCUAGCGGGAGGCAUAUCCAUGAUCAUUGACUUAGCCGUUACGGUCGCACAGCACAUUCCCAUGGAGUCGCGCGACGUGUCUGUCGAGUACUACUACCCUGGCACGCCCAUCGCCACCGAUCUGAUGAAGAUCGAGAAUGGCAUUCCUGCACUCACCACGCCUGUGGCUCCGGCGGAGACAUCGCCCAGCUCAGCCGGAGGAGGAGAUAUUGGGGAUCACGCGAGCGUCAAGAGUACAGACACGCGAGAAUCGUCUGCUGCAGAUCAAACGCGAGACAGCACUGACGGCGGCGCCGCGUCUCGUGAAGAGAAGAAGGCCCGAGGCAUGUUUGGAGGACUCAUGAGUGGAGGUAGCGGCGGCGCAAAGAUCCAGAAACAGCAGCCAACUUCUGGCACGCCGACAAGCAAAUCUGUUUCUGGGAUGGCAGCGGCAGCAACUUCAGGUGGGAGAGAGACUCCUGCUAAGGAGGAAAAGGUUCGGUUGUGUGUUGGUAUGGGCGUGCAGAUACGGGGACGCAUUGUGCUGGCCAAGGCGCCUGUCUAUGGGAUGUCUGCGUGACGGUCCUUCCAAGCAACGCAGAGAACUGACACUUCACGAUCCCCCUAACGCUGCGCGUGUGAUGGGCUUGUGUGAUGUGGAGAUUUGAGAUGGGCGGACAGGAGAAGGUGCUCUUGGAGAAACAGUAGAAGUGAACAGACGCUUAUUCGGGCAGCACUCCCAGCCGCCGAACUACUCCGCCAGGCCAAGUCGGUUUUGUGAUGGUUCGGGACGUGUUGAUAGACAAUGCACCGUCUGUGUUGUUGAGUGGGGCUAUGCAGAGGCUACCACUCGUUGGACAUGCUCUUGGUUCUCUUCUUCGUCCGAGGACUUUGCACAGCGCACCGUUCGCUCUUUGGAACCUUUCCAAGAGUUUCCAGUUGCGGUGGGAGCGGAAGAACGGGAUCUAGGACACUCUGUUUGCAUGGUUGAAGCCUGUAAAUGCCAAGCCAUCGCGCUUAAAUUUUACAUACGAGAUGGAGGAUACGAGGGGACGGUCAGGGAAAGAUACCGCAAAUGAGGGAUGAUGCGGCGGGGGAUUCUUUGUAACGGGGAGUCGGACAGGCGAGCGGCGGAGCAAAGGGACGAAAGAGACAAGGGAUCAAAAUUUCAUGAUAUACCCUCGCUUGGAAAAUUCCACCUCCUCUACCUAGGUCAGCUGGAAACCUUAAAAAAAAUUAUCUGGGUAACUCAAAUCUUCACGCUAUACAUCCCCC